AUCCAGAUAGCAGAUACCAACUAAUAUCUACAAUCAACCAACUAGUAUUCAGUAUGAAUACUCUUAUGGAUUAUCUGAAUACUCUUAUGUGUUAUCUGGAUACUGAUUAUGUGUUGUCUAGAUAUUAGUUUGUGAACUUGGGAUAAUAGUUGAUUCAUUGUGGAUAUCAGUUAGCAAUUUUUGAAUAGUAUGUGUUUUCUAGAUACUUUAGUACUUGGAUAUUAGUUCAUGUAUUUUGGAUAUCAGUUAGUAUCUGCUAACGAAUCUUCAAGUAAGCAGAUUAACUUUUCCCCCCAAAACCAGCACCCGUUGAUUCUAGCACUCUUUUUUUUUAUCUGUUUUUCUGACAAUCAAGCAAUCUGAACAAAAAAGGAAAAAGAUUAGAUGAAGGAAUGAUAAAUCACCCAGAACCCCAACUCAGAUCUCGUACAACAUCAAUCAAUAAGAUCCACUUCCUCAAAUUAUUGAGCCCUUUCGUAUCGAAAGCCCUCUACUGGUUUUGUUAGUAAAGGAACAAAAAAAAGAACGGUUGCCGAAUCUGGAGCUGAGUCGCAGACUAUGUUGUUUUCUUUAAAGCGUUCGCGACACUGCCUUUGUUGCUCACGACAUACUAUCAACCGAUCGUUUCCAAGAUAAAAACAACUCUUCUUGGAUGCUUGGCGGUUUUGUGCAAAAACCGGAGCUCUUUAAACACUCUCUCGCUCGUGUUUAUGCUAUUUGGUGGUGCGUCUAGAGGGCUUUGAGAGACGGCUAUUUAUAGGAGCCGAGACCUCGAAAAAUAUACCCUCUGACUUGGGGAAUAAAUCGUGUUAAUUAGGAAGAUAAUUACUUCCCUCAUUAAACGAACAAGGGCUUGGUCUAGUGGUUAUACCACUAGCCUAGAACCUGGAGGUCCCAGGUCGAAACCCUUCAGUAGUACUUAAUGACAACAAAAUGAAAACUAUAUUACCCUUAUCCAAAAAAAAAUACUUCCCUCAUUAAACCACGUCGGUAAGAUAAUUACUGGCCGAACUAUCUCUCGAAUAUUCCAUUGAGUUAAUUAUCUUCGUAUCGGUUAAGGAUACAAAAUAAUUAAUUAAGAAUUUCUCUAAAAAAUAUAAGUCAGUUCCCGGCCCACCCACCCACCCACACGCUCGAACAGUAGGCCAAACAAGCGGUGAUAUGAUCCUAAAACUCCCCUUAAACGCAUGUUAAUUGGAUGUCACAGAAUCAACUCAUGUUGGAAGGAAGAAAGGUCGAAUUUGGCUAAGUGUUCGAAAUGUUUCAUGGUGCUUGCUUUACAGGUUCGUAUCUUACAUCGCCGUCGAUGGAAAUGCAAGAGAAAGGUGGGAAAUUGAAGAACAAGUGUUUAUUUACAACUUCGAGGGGUUGGUUGCACGAGUUAAAGUCCAUAGGUGCUUGAUCAAGAUGCCUCAAGUUGUUAUGAUGAAACUGGAAGACUGCUUGAUUUUGGUUAAGUUUGGAAGCAGGUCGAGCUGCCAUCUUGGGAGGCUUAUUCAAUGCAAAUGGAGGAUCGUCGAUAGAAGAGAGGAGUUGGAACUUGAAGCACGAGAUCAGGGGAAGAAUCGACUGAAGCCUGUUUGGGUCGAACCUCUUUGGAAGGCCUCGAACGAAAGCCUCAAAGUGGCUAUGGAAGGUGGAUUGAUGACUUGCGCAGGAAGGCAGAACCUUGGAAGUGAAGCAACUACAACCUGUUUCCUUUUUUAGUUUGGAUUCUUAUUUCCUUGUUUGUUUAAGAGUUAGAUUUGAUUUUGAUUCGAGCCAAAUUGUACGCAUUUUAUCCAUGUUUUCCUUCGGCGUUUGUGGCAUUUAUGCUCCUAAAAGGGUGGUUUUACACUAGGUUUCUUAUAUUUUAGCGUGUUUCAGGAUCUAACAGGUGAAACCAGCCCCGUAGUCAAAAGUUGGAAGAAAGGAGCAAAGACCGGGAAAAGAGGUGAUUUAAGGCUAAGUUCACAGUUUCCCUUGGGAGUUUACUGUCUGCUAAGACCAUGAACUGGAAUAAAAAACCGUGAACCGCGAGGCACCAGAGCAUUCUCAGAGGUUACUGACGCCAGGUGAGUUCACGGUCACUAAGACCGUAAACUGGAGUUGUUGCCCGUGAACCCAAGCCAGUGAAGCGGUGCGUUUCGACGCGACGCACUGAGUUCACGGACUCGUGCACGAGUUCACGACCGUGAACUGGAACCAUGAACUGAGCCCUAUCCCUUUAUAAAAUGUGAGCUGAAAGGAAGAGAGAAAGAGAGAGCCGAAGAGUGAGAAAGUGUCUUCUUCUUCAGAUUUUAGAGAAAGAAUGAACCAAGGAAUAAAGAAGGCUAGGGUUUGCUCCCAGUGGUGAAUUCGGAAGAAUCUCCCCAAGGGAAGAUCAACACAAGCUCAAAGAAUAUUGGAGGCAUCACCAUGAUGGUUUCUACUUCUUCCUCUUGUGUUCUUCCCCUUUCUAGCAUGGAGUAGUUUCAUUUUUCACUUGGGUGUUGUGAAACCCUAACUAUUUGCCAUGUAGUUUGUUGUGUGAAUUAAAUGAUUGUUUAUGGGUGUUGUUUAAUUUAAUGAUUGAGGUAUUUUUCAUGAUGAUUGUGCAUGUUUGUGUUUGGCAAUCCAAUUGACCAUUCUAACCUAGUUUAGAGGGAAAACCCCUUUCAAAGGAGGCUCAAUUGAGUUGGGAUUCCUUGGGCUUUUUAAGCCACCUAUCUAGGUUAAUAUAGGGCAACCUCUAUCUUGAAUUAAACAAUUUGGUUAAGCGCGAUUAAGCCGUCCAACCAUUAGGUUGAGUGUGAGAGUAAGUCAAUCCUCAAUUGCCUUAACCAAGAGGGAUACUUGAGUAGCCUAUAAUGUAUGAUGUAUCCCUUGGUUUGGCAAUCGAGAGUGUGGUAUAUGCCCAUAGUUGCAUUUCCUAGCGGUUUGUGGUCACCUUGCCCGUAACGGUCCAUUCGAUUCCACUUUCCAUGGAAGUAGUUAGAGGGAAGCGACACCCGAGUGAUCCUUCUUACAUUAAGCUUUCAAAACCAUUUACUUUUUAUUUUCUUUAAUUCAUUAUUCCUACUUUUCAACCGAAAGAUCAAUCCGCUAGAUAAUGUUUCAAACAAUUAAAGUAGGGGUACAUGGAUCGGCCCGGGUUGAUAUUUAAGCAUACUUGCCCUAUAUUGCACCCUACUAAGGUUUAUACUUGGGCCUUAGGUGGGAUUUAAUUGUGAUAUUCGGGACGAGUCAGAUUCCUAGUUAGUUAAGAAGUGGAAUUGACGUUUUAAUUGUCAAUUUAAAGGCCUGGAAGCCUCGUGUAAUUGGUAGAGAAGAUUGAAUGAAAUUAUGACUUCGUCCCCAAACCCUUGUGUGUUAGUCGAGUUCCCAGCAACAAGCUUGCUUCGUAUCGAUUGAAAUCGCAUCAAUCAUGGCCAAGGUUCAAUUUAAACCAAUCGAGCCUUCUUCCACAUGAAAGAUUGCACCUUUGGGUCCUUUUUACGUUUUAAGUUUGAUCAACAUCGAUCUCUUCUCCGAGGAGAUCGGUGUUGCGCCCUUUGAUCUCAAAACAAAGCACAUUCGUGCUUGUAUUAAACGUACGGCGUGCGC